AUGGUGGCGUACACCUAUAGAUCUGCCUACGAUGAAUCUGAAUGGGCAACAAAGGAUAUCAUCUAUGUUUCCAUACUAGGCCCGUUCCUUGUAGCUGCUUUCCUGGAGUGGUUUCUAUGGCUAGCAGCUUUUUUAUACUGCCUGGGCAAAGUGUUUGUGAAAGCAGAUCAUUGGAGCAUUAAAGUACUUGCUGUUGUCAUGAUGGUGUUUUUCACGGCAUUUCGAUUGGUGACAAAUUCUGUCGGACGGACAAAACGGAUCAAGGAGGUCCUUGAUGAAUGUACUGCUCCUAAAACUGUCAUCGUCAUGCCGGUGUAUAAGGAGGAACCUGACGUACUAAUCAAAGCUGUGAACUCGGUGGUCGACUGUGAUUAUCCACCAUCAUGCAUUCAUGUCUUUCUAUCCUACGAUGGAGGUCAAGUCGACGAGUCAUAUCUCACAGUGGUCGGUCAUCUUGGCAUUCCCGUCACACUCAAGAGCUACCCAGAAAGCAUCGACGUGUCUUAUAAAGGUGCUCGAAUAACUGUAUCGCGUUUCAAGCAUGGUGGAAAAAGACAUUGUCAAAAGCAGACCUUCAAACUAAUCGACAAGGUUUACGCUAAAUACCUUCAGAGACAUGACAAUCUCUUCGUGCUUUUUAUCGAUUCGGAUUGCAUUCUCGAUCGAGUCUGCCUUCAGAAUUUCAUGUACGACAUGGAGUUAAAACCGGGGAGUAAACGCAAUAUGCUAGCCAUGACGGGCGUUAUCACCUCCACCACUCAAAAGAACACUCUCAUUACUCUAUUACAGGAUAUGGAGUAUAUCCACGGCCAACUGUUUGAGCGAUCGGUUGAAUCAGGAUGCGGAUCAGUUACUUGCCUGCCAGGCGCUCUAACGAUUCUCCGCUUCUCAGCCUUCCGCAAAAUGGCCAAAUAUUAUUUUGCGGAUAAAGCAGAGCAGUGCGAGGACCUGUUCGAUUUCGGCAAAUGCCAUCUUGGCGAAGACCGCUGGCUCACCCAUCUUUUCAUGAUUGGAGCCAAGGAGCGCUACCAAAUACAAAUGUGCACGAGUGCCUUUUGUAAAACGGAGGCCGUGCAAACAUUCCGCAGUCUCCUGAAACAGCGAAGACGGUGGUUCCUCGGCUUCAUCACGAAUGAAGUAUGUAUGCUCACCGACAUCCGUUUGUGGUAUCGAUAUCCCAUGCUCUGCCUCGUUCGCUUCAUGCAAAAUACAAUCCGCACAACAGCGCUCCUCUUUUUCAUCAUGAUCAUAUCGGUCAUGACAACAUCUAACCGCAUCGAAAACCUCCCUGUCGGCUUCAUCGCAGUAUCUCUAGGCUUGAAUUACCUGUUAAUGUUCUACUUCGGCGCCAAGCUUCGACGGUACAAAGCAUGGCUCUAUCCUCUCAUGUUCCUUCUGAAUCCCUUCUUCAACUGGCUUUACAUGGUUUACGGAAUCUUCACCGCCGGCCAGCGGACAUGGGGUGGCCCGCGCGCGGAUGCAGCAGCAGCAGAUGAAAAUACGACUCCUGAGGAAGCCGCAGUGAAAGCAAAAGCGACAGGUGACGAGCUGAAUGUUAAUGUCGAUACUUUCCGCGCAGGUGCUGAGGGGAAAACCUCCGUCGUCCCCAUCCAUCCAUCGGAGGGGAUUGAAGGACGAUUCGCGGCACCAGAUCUACAGCCAAAUGGAUACUACUACACAGAGAACGAGAACAUAUCCACGAUGACGUUUCCAGACUUUUUGCCGCGGAAUUACAACCACAGCCACAACGCGAAUGCAAAUACAAAUGGACAUGGAAACCUGAACGUGACUUACCAAGGCCUCUCUCCACUCCCCUUGCACCCACGCGCAUCCUUCGAUUCAGACUGGACCAACGGGUCGAGUUCGAUAAUACACAUGCCACGGACUGUGGAGAGUAUUAUGGGUGAGGAGGAUCAGAGGAAGUUGCAGCUCGCGCGGCAGUCAAGAGCUUGUUCGAGUGUUGGUGUUGAGUGGGGCGAUUACGACGAGCAGUAUCAGCGGGACGAUGUGUCCGAGAGGGACAGGGACAGAGAGAGGGGGGGUAGUAACUCUGGGCUGGCUUUCCAAGCAUAUGAUGGCGGGAGCGGGAAUUUGACUCCGCCCGAUACGAUUCGUGGGCGGUCGGCGGGGAGGAGUCCCUUGGGGAGGAAUAGUCCUGUUCAUGCUGUAGAGGAUGGUGAUGAUGUAGCUGCAGCAGAGUUGGAAGGAGGAUUACGGGAUGUAGGGGAUGAUGCGGAGCAGCAACAGCAGGAGGAAGGGAGAGAUCAGGGUGGUGAGGACUAUGGAAAGAAGGGGCGGAGACCGGCGUGGUUAGUUAAGAGAUCGCGGGAUUGUAAUCCCGAUCCAGGGGAUAUGGUUUAA